GGAUUCGUUACUAAAGUUCACCCCCAUUUCCCUAGUCAGUAUGGAACGAGGUUGUUUGUUUGGUUGGUUGCCGGGUUUGGGUGCCGCAUAAGUGAGGCAUCCAAAUCGAAGACCCCUCCGAAAGAAGAGGAAAUUUCUUGGCUUUGGCGCAGCUUCCGCAGAAAUGAAGCAACCAACCAUCGGCGAAUCCGGGAAAAGAAAAGAAAACCUGAGAAGAAGAAAAAAGCAAAGAAAAAGGCCACUCCUUGAAUUCGCCCUGUGAUAUCCAACUCUCUUCCUUCGUCAGUUAAUUAUUUCCUAUCGGAGUAAGCCACGUCAAGGAGAGGACAAAGAAAGUUGAACUACCCGGCCUGGCUUGAUAUCGAGACCCCUGGCAGCCACCUACCUGUGGGACGAAAGUAGCAAACAUUCUUUGGGCGAGAACGAGGCCGGUAGGGCACGCAUCAUCUUCUGUCUUUGUGGGGCCAUCUAUCACACUGAGGCCGAGGCUCGAGGGUGUUCAAUAAUCAAUUGGAUAAUUGGCCAUUUGCCCUAAGACAAGCCCAUCAGGGUUAUAUAUACUAGACGAUCCCUAUACAGCCAUGCAUACACUCAAAGCCACGGCGUCUUCAUCGCUCUCGCUUGCCCAGGACAAUUACAUCUAUUCCAUCGCGGCGUCACACCCAGGCUCAUUCGCUGCUAUCGCCUCGGACGACUCACUGCGUGUGUUUGAUGCCGCUGGCCUCAGCCAUGUGUCCGUGAUAGCUGCCGACGCCCACAAGGGAGUCACAUCGUUGAAAUCGUAUGAGGUGGGUCAGCAACUGCUUGCUACUGGAGGAAGAGAUGGGAAGGUGAAGCUUUGGGAUCUGCGAAGUGGCAAGAAGUCGGCAGUGGUAGAGGUGGAGACAUCAAGAGAUGCGCCAGUGCUUUCGAUAGCCUGCUGUCCUACAACUAACAGCCUUGUAGCUGGUACUGAGCUUGUGUCUUCCCAGGCUGUCGUCGCGUUUUGGGAUGUCAGAUCACCCGGUCAAUUCCGACUUCAGUACGUCGAAAGCCACAAUGACGAUGUCACUGAGCUUCAAUAUCACCCAACCCGAAACAAUAUUUUGCUUUCUGGAAGUACGGAUGGCUUAGUCAACAUCUACAACACCGAUAUCACAGACGAAGACGAGGCUCUUGUCCAAGUCAUCAACCAUGGCUCGGUACAUCACGCCGGCUUUCUAAGUGAGAGGACCAUCUACGCGCUCAGUCACGAUGAGGUUUUCUCGAUUCAUCCAGCCACGGAUCCGGAAGAAGAGAUACAAGAGCCCAACCCUAUACAGUUCGGUGACUUGAGACAGCCCCUGGGCUGUGAAUAUAUCGCCCAGCUGUGCGUUGGCAGUCAGGGCCCCUAUGUUGCUGCCGGUCAUAAGCUUGAGAAACAACUAGAUUUGGUCCCUCUUACUUCAAGCCCAUCCUGGCAAUUUGACCAGCAAAAUCUGUGGCGCCUUCCUGGUGCGCACGGUGAAGAGGUUGUUCGUUCCGUCUAUCUAGACGAGCAGUCCCAAUCUGUGUUCACUUGCGGCGAAGACGGAUUUGUCCGCGCCUGGAAACCGGAGUCCGGUGAAGAACAGGCAGAUGAGUCCUCCGGCAAGACCGCACGGCCCAAAAAGAAUAAGGAUAAGGGACGGUUCAAACCCUAUUAGAUUAGGUCUCAUGUGUUUGCUCCAUAGUUACCACCUCCUCAUUGACCGCCACCAUAGAAUGUAAAAUACGUAAUCUAC